AUGCCGGAUCAUUCAACGGCAUACAUAGGCACGGCCUUUGUGGCUGGUGUCUUUUUGGCACUUACAUAUCAAGAACUCACACGUCCUAAGCAAGAGGAGAAUGCAACAGAACAACCGCUUUCAAAAAAUGCCCUAGUCGCCCGACCCGGUCCACCCACUAUUGUGGACGGCAUUGAAGGCUGUAUUGGAAAUACCCCCCUUUUCCGGAUCAAAUCCCUUUCAGACGAAACAGGAUGUGAAAUUCUAGGCAAGGCCGAGUUUUUGAAUGGCGCUGGCCAGAGCUCAAAAGACCGAGUUGCAUUAAGCAUGAUUGAAAUAGCAGAGGAACAAGGUAUCCUUACGCCCCAUUCAGGCGACACCAUCUACGAAGGCACCUCCGGAUCCACGGGCAUCUCACUAGCAACACUAGCCCGGGCAAAGGGCUACCUAGCACACAUCUGCCUGCCGUCAGACCAGGCAAUUGAAAAAUCCAAUCUCCUGCUGAAACUCGGCGCAAUUGUCGACAGAGUGCCUCCAGCACCAAUCGUCGAGAAAGACAACUUUGUCAACCGCGCUCGAGCGCUCGCAAAGACGCACACGGCCUCAUCGGGUGUCUCGACGGAAGAGAACUCCGAUCUCCCCGCGCCAGAUGCUCGCAUGACCCGUGGCAGAGGCUUUUUCGCCGACCAAUUCGAGAACGAGUCUAACUGGCGCGCCCACUACGAAGGUACCGGCCCAGAACUGUACGCCCAAUGUGGGGGCCGCAUGGAUGCCUUCGUGGCGGGUGCGGGAACCGGCGGGACUAUCUCUGGUGUGGCGCGAUACUUGAAGCCUCUGUUGCCUAAGCUUACGGUGGUUCUGGCUGAUCCACAGGGAAGUGGACUUUUUAACCGUGUCGUGUAUGGUGUUAUGUUUGAUGUUAAGGAGAGGGAGGGGACGCGGAGGCGUCGUCAGGUUGAUACGAUUGUUGAGGGCAUCGGGAUUAACCGCGUGACGGCCAAUUUCGAGGCUGGGAAGGAGAUGAUUGAUGACGCGGUGCGUGUUACCGAUGCGCAGGCCCUGGCUAUGGCUCGGUGGCUUGUUGAGAAGGAUGGGAUUUUCAUUGGGAGCAGUAGUGCAGUGAAUUGUAUCGCUGCUGUCAAGACAGCGAGGAAACUUGGCCCCGGUCACCGAAUUGUCACCGUACUUUCGGACUCUGGCUCGCGACAUUUGUCCCGGUUCUGGGCCAAGGCGGGUGAUGUUGGUGGGGCCGUGGACACGAAGCUUGAGGAUGUUAUGAAUGCACGGGAUGAGGAUUUUGAAUAG